UCAAAUCGGGGGCUUGACUGCUCCUGGACGGUCACGCUACCUCUGCUCUCCCGCCGGCCUGCCAGUCCCGGUUCCGGCGUUGCCUUCUGGCAACCCACCUCGGCGCGGCACAAGGACCGACUGACGGCCCGACUCGCGGGGCUCUGGAGCCUGAGUGGGGAAGAGGUGCCGAGGAGUCCCCGCUCAGAUUCCGCCCGCUCCAACCGUGAGUUCAGCGGAACCUGGGCUCGCGAGCUGAGUCUCAGCCCUGACCUGUGGCUAGGUGGGUGCCUGAGCUUGCUCCAGUCCGUUCGGAGGGCUUCCGAGAGCGGCCUGACUUCUCUAAAGGAUAUUAAACUUUUUAAUCAAAUUGUUUGGACCACUUGAACCAUCAGGAUAUUUGGAGGAACUUCAGAUUUUUGAUUUUUUAAGAGACUCUAAAAGUAUGAGAAAUUUACAGGAUGGAGAACGAAAAGGAAAAUCUCUUUUUUGAGCCACAUAAAAAGGGACAGAUGAAAACACCUCUGAAAGAAUCCACUGCAGCAAGUAUAGUGUUGGCAGAGAUCCAGCCCGACUUUGGCCCUUUAACCACGCCCACCAAGCCCAAGGAAACCUCCCAGGGAGAACCCUGGACACCAACAGCCAACCUGAAAAUGCUCAUCAGCGCCGUGAGCCCCGAGAUCCGCAACAGAGAUCAGAAAAGGGGGCUGGUCAGCAACAGAAAUGGAUUACCUAAGCCCAAAGAUUGUUUACAUGAACACUUAUCAGGAGACGAAUGUGAAAAAUCCCAACCAAGUCGAAAAGAGAAAAGUUUAGGAUUAUUGUGUCAUAAGUUCUUAGCACGAUAUCCUAACUAUCCCAACCCUGCUGUGAAUAACGACAUCUGUCUUGAUGAAGUAGCUGAGGAACUUAAUGUUGAGCGCCGACGCAUUUACGAUAUCGUGAAUGUCCUAGAGAGUUUACACAUGGUGAGCCGCCUGGCCAAAAACAGGUACACUUGGCACGGGCGGCAUAAUCUCAACAAAACCCUGGGGACUUUGAAAAGCGUCGGGGAGGAAAACAAAUACGCCGAGCAGAUCAUGAUGAUCAAGAAGAAGGAAUAUGAACAAGAGUUUGACUUCAGUAAGAGUUGCAAUAUAGAGGAUCAUGUCACCAAGGCAAACACGGACCAAAACGGACACACAGACAUGUGUUUUGUCGAACUCCCUGGAGUGGAAUUUCGGGCAGCCUCUGUAAACAGCCGCAAAGACAAGUCUUUAAGAGUGAUGAGCCAGAAGUUUGUGAUGCUGUUUCUGGUGUCAACGCCUCAGAUAGUGAGCCUAGAAACUGCUGCCAAGAUUUUAAUUGGGGAGGACCACGUGGAAGAUUUGGAUAAAAGCAAGUUUAAAACAAAAAUUAGGAGGUUGUAUGAUAUAGCUAAUGUUCUGAGUAGCCUGGAUCUCAUCAAGAAAGUUCAUGUCACUGAAGAAAGAGGCCGAAAACCAGCUUUUAAAUGGACAGGCCCAGAAAUCAGUCCUAACCCCAGUGGUGUGAACCCCGUCAUUUCUUUCUCCACCUCAGACGUGGAAGUGAGGCAGCCUUCAAAAGAGAACUGUGCCAAAAACCUCUUUUCCACACACAGGAAGCCAAACUUUACACGGCACCCAUCUCUUAUCAAACUGGUAAAGAGCAUAGAAAGUGACCGGAGAAAGAUCAAUUCUGCUCCAAGUAGCCCUAUCAAGACCAGCAAAGCUGAGAGUUCUCAGAAUUCUGCACCCUUUCCAAGUAAAAUGGCUCAGCUUGCAGCAAUUUGCAAAAUGCAGUUAGAAGAGCAAUCAAGUGAACCCAGAAAGAAAGCAAAACCACAGCUGGUGAGAUCUGGGCCCUGCAAACCAGUGGCCCCUCUGGACUCCGCUGUGAAUGCUGAACUGGAGCUCCCAGCACCGCCCCUCAUCCAGCCCCUGGGGGUGGUCCCUCUGUUCCCCAGCCCAUUAUCAUCGGCGGUGCCCGUGAUCCUACCUCAAGCCCCUUCGGGCCCGUCCUAUGCCAUCUACUUGCAGCCUGCCCAAACCCACACCAUGACACCGCCCCAAGGCCUGAGCCCGACAGUCUGCCCUAACCCCUCUUCUGAAGCUACGAGAUCAAAAGACUGCACUGAUGCCACCACUGAGAAAGCAGCCAAUGAUGCCACCAAGCCCAAUGUCUCCAUCAGACCCGGAAGCCUGUUGCCCAUGCCGGAGAGGCAUGGUGCACAGAACCAAGACACAGAACCUGCUGGAGAGAGAGGCUCAAAGAGGGCAAGCAUGCUCGAAGACAGUGGUUCCAAAAAGAAAUUUAAAGAGAACCUAAAAGGAUUUGAAAAUGUCUCCGCAACACUGUUCCCAUCAGGAUAUCUAAUCCCUCUCACCCAGUGCUCAUCCCUGGGGGCAGAGUCCCUUUUGUCUAGUAAAGAAAACUCAGGUACACUUUCCCCAAACCACAGGAUCUACAGCUCCCCGAUCGCAGGUGUUAUUCCAGUGACAUCAUCUGAACUCACUGCUGUUAAUUUUCCCUCUUUUCAUGUAACACCUUUGAAGCUAAUGGUCUCACCAACUUCCGUGGCAGCCAUACCUGUAGGGAACAGCCCGGCUCUCAGUUCGAGCCACCCCAUUCCUGUCCAGAACCCAAGCUCAGCCAUUGUAAACUUCACCCUGCAGCACUUGGGGCUCAUCUCCCCCAGUGUGCAGGUGUCUGCCAGCUCCGGGCCCGCAACUCUUCCCAUGUCCCCAAGAAUAGAGGCUGUUAGUGUCGUACCAGAACAUGCAGGCACUCAGCAAGGAAGGGCCACCCGAUAUAACUCGCCAGGCCUGGGCCAGAACCAACCGAAUGGACAGUCCCUUGCUAUGAUGGGGACACAGCAGCCUGUUCCAGUAACACCCAAAGGGUCACAAUUAGUGGCUGAAAGUUUCUUCCGUACCCCAGGUGGACCAGUGAAAUCAACGGGCUCACCCUGCAUGGAUUUUGAUGGUGCUAAUAAAACCUCCAUAGGAACUCUCCUUGUCCCACAGCGAAAACUGGAAGUGUCAACGGAGGAUGUCCAUUAAUUGACAAAUUUGGCUUCAUUUAAUUUUCUAAAGAGUUGUUUAAUAGAGAAAAUGUACUCAGACUGGUUUGGAGAACACAUUCCCUGAAAAUACUGUAAAUACGUUGGGGGUUUACUUAAUUUCAAAAAAACACUUAGUUUCAUUCAUAUAUAUAUAUAUAUAUACAUAUAUAUAUAUAUAUAUAUUUGUAUUAAGCUAAAUUCAUCAUUAAUCCUAAAAAAUAAAAGUAAAAUGUUGAACUAAGGUAUAUUAACUUCUAGGGGAAAAGAAUGAAUUAUUUCACCUGUGCCUAUACCAUUAUGCAAAGUAACUGUAUUAAAGUUUACUUCCCUUUGAGUGAAUAUGUGACAUGCCUAACACAGCAUUCUCUUAAACUUUGCACAAAGAAAAAGCUGUGAUGUAUAAUGUAUUUUUAAAUAGAACUAUAGCUAUAUUUUUUGUAACUUUAAUCUGUUUUUGUUGCAGUCUGUCUUUUUGUAAAGUCUGCAACAAUCCUCAAUCAAGUCUAUGGAAAAAUUAUUUAUAAAUGUAUUUUUAAUCAUAAAUUGUUGAAAUUA